GCUUGCGGUGGCAGGACCAAGGAAGAGACAAAAUGGCCGCCGAUCGUUACAACAUCAACCGCCAGUGGGAGCACCUCCAGGCCAAGUACGUCGGUACUGGCCACGCCGACACGUCCAAGUUCGAAUGGGCCGUGAACCAGCACCGCGAUACGCUCGCAUCGCACAUUGGCCACAACGACAUGCUUACGUACUUCGCUGUCGCCGAGAACGAGUCGCUUGGUCGCGUUCGCUACACCAUGCUCGAGAAAAUGCUCCAGCCGUGCGGCCCGCCGCCAUUUAAAGAGGAAGAAUGAAGUGAGCAGCUGCGCUAUAAAUCUGAGUCUAUGAUGAGCUUGCCAAGUCGCUGAACGGAACGUAGCGUUGCGUCACG